AUGUCAAAAGUGCACCCCUAUGAUACAUCAAGCAGGGGAACUCCUUCAUUUCGUCACUUCGUCAUGGCCAUUCAUAAAGUUGGGAAUGGACAUAGUUUUCCCCCUCCCAGCAGGACGAGUUGUGAACAGGAGGUCAUCGUAUUAAUAUGGAAAAACAUAAUAUGUCGUUUCGGCAUCCCCAAAGAAAUCAGCUGCGACAACGGACCUCAGUUCAUUGGAAAGAGAACGAUUGAGUUUUUUGAAAAAUGGCACAUCAAACGAAUACUCUCCACGCUAUAUCACAUUGCCGCCAAUGGUCAAGCCGAAUCCUUCAAUAAAGUAAUACUGAAUAUAUUGAAAAAGAAGCUUGAGGAUGCUAAAGGGUUAUGGCCUGAACUACUACCGGAAGUAUUAUGGUCAUACCGCACUAUGCCAAAAACCAGCAUAGGAGAAACGCCAUAUUCACUGGUCCAUGCGACUGACGCAGUUAUAUCUGUCGAGGUCGUAGAACCCAGUUUGAGAUACUCCAAUGAGAGCGGGCCAAGCAACGACGAAAGUAGGCUACAAGAUUUGGAUGAAGCCGAAGAACGGAGAGACAUGGCCCACAUAAGAAUGGUAUCCUAG